UGGGCGAGCUGCAAUAAACGUCUGGAACAACAAGCUGGGAUGAUUGAUGAAGUUGUUCCGAAAAUAAACGGGGACUAUUUCUUGUUCUUACCAGAUUCAUCAAAUUGAAGGUGAAUUAUUGCACGCUGAUACACCAAUGGAAAUCAAUGGUUAUUUGUCUUACUCGUUCACAUUUUACAACUAAUCAAAGCUUAACUCGUUAUCUUUACAGCCGGAAUGUUGAUUCUUCCCUAAAAUUAUGAAAAUUAAAACCUGUACAAAAAAAUCAAUGUAAUCGUAAUACUGUAUCUCUAACUUUCAAAAAGAGCACGACGUUGAAAAAUAAUUUUUCGAAAUAUGUAGAUGUAACGACAAGAUGCCACAAAAAACGCAGCCUUUUAUUCAUUGGUUCUCUGUCUUGUGAGUGAGAGUGUUAUUCUUAUGAGGUCCAUCGAGGAACCAAUCACAAUCGAAAUCGUGGUUAUCAGGAACAAUCGACUAGGAUUCUUCAAAUUGCAUGGAGACGAGCCCCUGCUCUAUAGAAAUAAGUAAACGUCCGACCGACAUUGCGGUUGAGGACAUCUUCUUUAGAAAG